AAGCGCAUGUCACUAACAACAUUUAGGAUUUGGGAUUUUAUGUACCCGAGGUAAUGUUUAAAGGGGAAAUAUCUAAGAUUGUAGAAAAUGUCAAUUUAAACACCGUUUUCUAUUGUUUUACUUCAUACAUGAUACUAUUUUAACAUUCAGAAUAGUCAAAUAUACAUAUUUUUGUCUGCCGUUCAGAAAAACACUUUUAGCUCAGAAGUCUUUGAAUGUGGUUGUCCAGCAGAGGUCAGACAAACAUAACACACCGUUUGUAAUGCAUUUACGCGUUAAUCCUUUCCAAUGUCUUUAUUUUUAUUAGGAAUACUGAAAUAUCGUUAUAUCACUGCAAAGUUUGGUGCCAAUUAUUCUGACCGAUUAUACGGUGCGAUUAUAACUAACUACACAAGGCAUAUAAAUACUUAUUGGUAGAACCUCUGUUAAAUUAUCUAAUAAAAUAUGAUUACAUAGCUCCUGAAUGCAAAAUGCUUUUAGGUUACAUUUAGUCAUUUUGCAGACGCUUUUAUCCAAAGUGACUUACAAAUGAAGUAAACAAUGGAAGCAAUUGGAACAACUGAUAUGUUUGAUAUCAAAUACGUCAUCCAGGGGAUGCUACUGUCCACUCGGCUUUGAGCAGAUUCUUUACGGUCUCCACGACAACCACAACCUGACGCAACUCUCGCCCCUCCUCCAUUCAAUCCUCUCAUCUCAUUCAAGAAACGAGCAGUGCUGAAUUUCCUCACCAGCAGAGGCGAAACUUCUAUGAAGGAAGAGUGGUCUGGGUUGAAUGGAUCCCCUGUGAGUCACAUUAACGCCACCACACACAGAGCUAGAAAAGUGCAAGAGGUGGAGCGCCACGCUAAAUGAGCCAAAACUUCAGCAGAAUGAAUAGUCGCGAGCUCCAUGCGGAGGGAGGGCUUCAGUGCUGACUCAUAGGGGCUGAUUUGUUGCUAUGGCAACCGCUAGCUUUCUGUGAUGCAGAGCGUGAUAUGAGGUAGACAGAACGUUUAAGCCGAGAUGAUGGGGAAGAUGUGGAACUCCUGUGCUUGGAUAUGCUAAACAUAUGGAAACAAUGUAACGUCAAUAUCUGCUUUAUUGAUUUAUUUAUAGCCCUACAGACACAGCGUCCUAGUAGCUAAAGAUUCACCACAUCUUUAUAGAACAAACAGUUCAACGACAUCGUAUGACCACAUAAAUACAUUUUGACGGUUUAUUUUUGAGCAACACAUCCUCAAAAGGCCAUGGAUGCAAGCUCAAUACCUCAGAUCAUUAUAGAAGAUUACGAUGGUCUCGAGGUGGCCCCGGAUGAUCACUUGAGAACAUUGAAAGCACUGACUGAGAAGUUGAGACUUGAAACCAGAAGGCCAUCCUAUCUUGAGUGGAAGGAACGGGUAGAAGCUCAAAAAGCUAAAAACUCCAAAGGUUUAGGGGUUUCAGAAGGGUCAUCCGAACUGGAGAGAAGUGCUGGGACCAAACCCAAUGGAAAACCUCAGAUGAAUAUCCAGAAUUGUGAAGUGACUGCAGGAAAUGGUCUGAGUACUAAAAGCCUUGGAGAAUUUGGAAAUAUUGAGGAAGCUCUUGUUUGGCUUCGAAAGGAACUGAUGGAGAUGCGUAUUCAGGACCAGCAGUUGGCCCGCCAGCUCAUGCGACUGCGUGGUGACAUCAAUAAACUUAAAGUUGAGCAGACAUGUCAUCUGCAUCGGCGCAUGCUUAAUGAUGCCACGUUUGGCCUUGAGGAACGCGAUGAGCUGUCAGAUCUUUUGUGCGAUGGACCCGUCACUCCAGGAUUUGGCCUGUCUUCACCACUUCGUCUCAUUGGUGUAACAAAGAUGAACAUCAACUCAAGACGCUUUUCUCUUUGCUAACAAUUCAAGUGUGCGGUUGUAACAGUGCUAUACAUGUAAAAUUAUCGUGACAAUAUACUAAGUGGCCCAAGAAAGUACUACUACUACAGGUGAAGAAUGAAAACAGCAGAAUCUGAUUUUAGGAAUAACUUGUGAGAGAACGACCUGUGCCUUUUACUCUGUGUACUUGUGCCAGUCGAUAAAAUGGACAACGAUGAAUAAAUGUCUGACCCAUCACCCAUGGCUUAAUGCAUUGGAUAUAAUCUAUAUUGUAGUCAUAAGAUACACUUUUGUUUUUUACCACUCAGCCUUAAUACAACUUUAUCUAUGUGUGAAAAUAUUUUCUUUUACAUAAAUAUAUAUUUGUACAUUAUUAAACUCUUAAAGGAAUAGUUCACCUAUACAGAAAAUUCUGUCAUCAUUUUACUAACCUUCUUGUCAUUUUAAUCCUGUGUGAUAUUCUUUCCUCUGGAAAUUACAAAAGAAGAUAUUUUGAAAAUGUCGGUAACCAAAAAUGUUGUUCCCGAAUGACAUAUUGUAUGGACUCAAAACCAAUGCAAGUCCAAAGGGACCAACGGUUUUCUGUUACCAACAUUUUUCAAAAUAUCUUCUUUUGUAUUCUGCAGAAGAAAGAAAGUCAUACAGGUUUGAAAUGACAAGAAGGCAUGUAAAUAAUGAUAGAAUUUUAUUUUUGAAGGUGAACUAUUCCUGAAUUAUAAUUAUUAAAAAAAAUUAUGGACUUUUGUGAAGAUAAUGCACAUUACAUAUUGAUAUACUUGGAAAGUACAGUAAUUCCGUGGUCAGACUAGACUUUGAGCAUGCGGAAUUUGAUCAGACGUUGCGGAAAUGGGGGAAAUGUUAUUCCUCCAUCUAUAACAUUUUUGUUGUAACAUUUCUGUACCGAGAGGUCACGCUGGGAUGUUUUGAUCUUCUAUUGGUCUCACACACUUAGGUGAUGCGACUUCGCAGGUCAGAGUUCACCAAACCUUCGAAAUGCGAAAAAUCUUAGGACGGGCUUGCGUUUCCGGUCCGAUUCAUCCGCAUGCAUAUGAAUGGAAGUCAAUGGAACAAAAAGACCGUAGAAGAAGUGUGACCGCAGUUUAAGUGUGUUUUUUUAGUAAGGUUUUAUACA